CCCCGCGGCCGGCGCUGGCGGGCCGCCGGCGCUCCGUCAUGACGUGGCCGCCGGCCGGUGUGCCGCUGAUGCGCUCGUGGCCUCUUGGUGGCGUCAGGCCGCGGCCCCCCCGCUGCUUUGGCGGCAGCAGCUCCCCCCGACGGACCCUCUGCGCGGGGCGGCGGCAGCCCCACGGCUGCAAGUUAGGGCUUGAGAGAGAGUAGCCGUGCUUUCCUGUCACCGUCGGCUGUUCCACUGUGUGCCCUCCGCUGCUGCACGGGGCGAGGACGGUGUUUCAGAGGGGUGACAUGGGUAAUGACAGCGGAAGGCUUAAAGUAGUCACGCUUCCAAUGGGUUUCGGCUGUCACGUGUGAAAGGAACAUGAAUACCAUUAUAUAUGUUCGAUAAAUAGCCACAACCAUCAGCAGAAGCUGCAUCCAUUAAGAUAAGAAAAGGAAUGUACCACCUGGAGACAGAGAAAGCAUCCAAUAAGGAACAAGAAGACCCCAGACUCAAAUAUCACUAUUGAACCAAACCAUCAUGUGAGGGGAGGGGAACUUAGAUUGUAAGGGUAUCAUUGCCCAGGGUUUUCUUUGUUCAGGGUCCCUCUCCGGAGACACCCAACUCGAGCUGCUCUUUACCACUGUGCCACUCAAUAAAUUCAUCUGGCAUAUGUCGUGUUGAGAUUCUGCUUCAGGGAAACCUAGGGUUGAGCCUGAGAGGAGAAAAAGCAUCCAAGAGUGAGUGUGUGUGACCGAGGAGUCAAAAAGGGGCACCUGUCAGCUCAGUGGAGCUGCCCACUGUGAAGGGACUCCCGUCCUAGCAGUUAAAGUCUCAGGUGGUGUGCGUGCGACUCACUGGUGUGUGAACGCUCAGGCUGUGGCUUCUCCUUUAACAUCAGGAAGGAACACAAUUCUCUGAUGCCCUCUGUCACAUGGAAGUAUAGGAGGUCCCUCUCCCAUCACCAGGGAGGUGCAAGGGACAACUUUCCAUGUCAUAUUACCUGCUAUUGAGAUCCAGCCUGAUCCUAGGGUGUUGUUGAUUUCUAUUGCCAGAUCAUGUCCAAGAUGUGUUUGUACGACUCCCUCCAUGGCUUCUUAAUGCAUGCUGCUGGCCAUCGGGAACUGUGGAUAGACUGGGCCAGCACUUCUAAAUCUUCCCAGUACGGCUGGAGGUGCACCGCCAAUAAAAAUGAUCACUCAGUGAAAACCCAUAUGGCAAACUGGAAUGAAGUGCAGUACGAUUAUGCACAGAACUGUGCAGGGCAAGCCACUUUCUUAACAGGAUUUGAAUGAGAACCUCAUUGAUUUAUGAGCCACCACCCUGAGUUGGAACCUCCUUCCUUCAACCCAACUGCUCAGUCCUGCUACACCAUAGACUACAGGUCUCCAUGGCAGCAUUUUCUUUGCUUGUGUCCAACACUCAGAGAAGGAACGAGAAGGAUGCAGGAAAAGCACAGAGAUGGAGAGAAUCUGCAGACUAUGCCUUCAGAAAAACAGGAAGCCUGUCUGCUAGCAGUGCUACAAGGAUAUCCUUCAAGCAAAAAGAUCAGUCACACAAAAUGUAGCAUCAUGCGAAAAAACGUUCUUCCCGCUUUCUAAGCUGUAUUGUUUGUAACCUGUGUGUGUUUCUGUCAUUUGUUUUGUGUGCAGAGGUGACUGCAAGUCACCAGUCACUCUGUCCCUUGUCAGUCAAGCCCAACUAACACCUUAACUGGAAGAUCUUAUUAGAACCAGCUAAUAGGAAACAGUAGACCUUGACAAUUAGGUGGGAUUUGGGUAUUUGAUAAUGACCUCACAUCACUGAGUGCUCAUUUUAUUUUUCUCACUUAAAGCCAUGGAAGAAGGAUGCCCUCUCGGUUCAUUUGAGAUUUAAGCUGAUCCCUUCUAAUAUAAUAUUUUCUUAGCAGGUAUAAGGAACAUAGAAAAUAGGCUAGGUCAUAACUGAGUCUGAUGAUUUGUGUGACAGAUCUUUGGCAUUCUGUCCUUUUUGGAGAUGAAUUUUAGAAAUUCAGUUCCAGUAAUAUAGACUUUCCUUUAUGCUCAUAUCCCUUUGAAGAGAGGUGCUAAGCAGAUCAUGACACCUGAGAAGAACUUAGUAGUGUUUUGUACUGCUUAACAGUGUUCGCAUAAAUCAGAUUAAUAGUGUAGAUGUCAGAUCCUGUUUACUGUUUGAAGGGCACUGACCACUGACUUUCAAAGUGGUGUGAUUUGCACCACGAGAGCAGGACAUUUUUCUCCUCUCUGGAUAUAUCUAUGUUACUGCAGCUAUCUGCAACUGCUCUGAAUUGGUUACAGCACUUUCAUGCUUCUCCAUAACAUGAGUCAUUCUAGAGAUUUAAGAUACAGUUGACUUCUAUUUAGUUGUUAUCUAAUAGUCACACUUUGAAUGGGUUUCGAUUGUCAUGUAGUUGUUUUACCAGUCUAAUCUCCACUGGAAAAACUUUUCUGUUGCUUGUGAAACAUUGAAAUCCUCUGGCAACGCUGAAGGUAAAGGCUCAUGCAAUUAGAUGUUUGCAAAACAUUAGAGCACACGAAAGGAAACUAGCAAAGUGUUUCUGAACACCAAGACAAGCUCUCUUGGACACAUCUGCCACUCAGGCUGUAAGCAAGAAUGAUGCCAGUUAUGUUUCCCUGCACAGCAACCUUACACAGCUUUCUUGACUCAACACUUCUCUUGUACUCAGUGCUCGAAACAAAAAAAUACAAACUGCUUAUUCAUGUUUUA